AUGUCAUGUCCACCGACUUACCAUCAGGGGCUUCGAGGGGUAUGGUUUAGGCCGUACAUUGAGAUGGCCAUCGCUAAAGGUACCAUCUUCACACCGAGCGUUGAGGAAGAUGAAGGGAUCGUGACUUGGAGAGUCCCAUUGGGAAAUGACGGAGGUGUCGUUCACGUGUCCUUGGACGAUUGUGAAUUUUAUGGACGAUGGCUUUUUGAUCAUCCGGAAAGAUCAAACGGUAUGGACCUGGAGGUGGCCAUUGAUCAUAUCAACUACGAUGAUUUGGCCAAAGCCUUUGAAAAGGUCACUGGUCACCCGGCAAGAUAUAUCGAAACCGACCUGGACACUUACUGGAAGAGUGGAAACACGGCUAGAGCGGCCAACACCACGAGUGGUUACAAUGCUGAUCCCAAAGAUCCUGCGGCCAUGACAUUUCGACAGAAUUUUACAGGAUUCUUCAACAUGUGGAAAUAUUCAGGUCGCAAUCAAGGUGUGAUCCGUCGGGAUUAUAAAUUGUUGGACGAGAUUCAUCCCAACAGAAUCAAAAGUGCAGAACAGUUUUUCAGGAUCGAAGAUGCUCGAGGACAAACGGCGGGAAUGGGGAGUCUCUGGGAUCGUAUCCAGCCAGAGAAUCUUCGACCUGUUCUCAAGCUUGUAGAAGAUGGAAGGAAAGGAAAGUUGUAG